AACUGUUGACGCGUGUCGGGCGCCUUAUGUAGUAUUUUACUGCCGCUCUUUAUCAGAUAUAGAGAUCUUAACUUAUCAGCUAUGGAGAACACAUCAUUUAUUUUAGUGCUGCUUUGUUUGAUUUUACCCUGUUCUUCGUUGGUGUUGGACGACGCUAAUCUUCAAGCCCUGAAUCGUGAUGUGAGAACGGCCCUGUUACAGAAAAUAUCGAAUACUCUUUCGUCCGCGAAUAACCAGAUGAAUUAUCAGUCUUCACAAACACAGAAUUGCCAGUCUCAACUCUCCGGAGCAUUUGAUGCAUGUGCAGCCUGCGUCAAAGAUGCAUGUGAUCAUAACUUUCAAAACUGUCACGAGAAAAAACCAGUGACGUUAUGUGAUGUAACUGGAACAAAUUACAAAGUGUGCCGGGCUAUCAUGAACAGUGAGAGUCUCGCGUUGGAUGCGACGUCAGACUUUGAUGGAAAGAUGCGUAAAGUGAUGCGAAGAAUGGUACAAGACCAAGAAGCACACAUCUUGACAUUCCUGAAAAAUAUUAAGUCCUUUAUGGACAGUUCACUGAGAUCUGCCGGAUCUGGACCUAUUCGCAAAUCUUUGGAAUCACUGAUCACCUAUUACGGAACAGUAAAAACGGCUGUUGAUGCUGGUAUUCACCACAAUGCUGCUCUCCAGAAUAGUUUGAAUAGCAUGAGCGACGUGAUGAAGCAAGGAAUGGAGUCUGCCGGAGUUCAAAUGAGUUCAGCUACAGGAAACUUUAUGACGGAACUAGCAUUUAAUCUCGCAAGAAUGUUGGCUACAAAUAAUCCGACUUUCGGAAGAAGAAAACGGCAAGCAACAACCUGUUCAACAAUACGGAAUUUCCCCGCCCAUUGCUUCUCGGCAUUUCAAACCGAAUGUCCCUGCACAGGACACUCGCCAUCAGCAAUAUUGAAUCUUUGUGGGGCGCACCUUCAGAGCUCAAUAGCAGCUAUCGCAAAACCCAUCCAAACAGCGAAUGAAAUCUUCGAUAGGAUCUGCGUCCAAGAAGAUCUCAUCCAAAAGGUCAACUACGAAAAUGUUGCGGUGGACAGACACAACUUAGGAUACAAUAUUGUCAAGUACAGCGCCGCUAUUCGCGGUAUUAACCUGGAUUUUACUGCACAAUUUCAACUACGAAUCCUGAAUCUUCCACGGACUGCAUCUGAAAUGGCUGAAGCAAUUUGGGGAAAAUGGGUCAAAAAAAUCAAUCUCGUAUAAAAAAAAAAAGCAUUUUCACUGUCAACUUUACAUCGUUCAGUAAUUGUAAUAAAGGCUUAAUUUAAUAAA